ACAGCGACCCCGAGGAGAGAGAGAUAGAGAGACAGAGGGAUAGAGAGGGGAGAGAGAGAGAGAGAGAGAGAGAGAGAGGAGGGGAGAGACUGAAGCUGCUGAACAGAAGUGUGUGUGUGUGUUGAGUCGUUGAGCAGCAGGAAGCGCCCCUUAAAGAGCACAUUAUAGAGCAUUAGGUCUUUGGGACUUUACCCACAGCAGGGAGAGAUUAAGAGUGCAGCAGUGUGGUGGUUCCUGCUCUUCUGUGCUGAGCGCAUUAAUCCAUCUCGACGUCUUCCGACCAGAGAAAUGACCGUUUCCAGACUGCUGCUCGGCCUCUAUUUGGCCAGUGUCCUCGCUACACUUGGUUGGUGUCAAGAGGGGGCGUGUCUGCAGGAUGGAAGACACAAAGCCACGCCCAGUCCGGAGCCCUAUCUGAAGGAGUGCACGAUGUACAUGGAGAAUGCUUGUUGUUCAGAGCAGGACAUCACAGACCUGACUGCGCCUCCUGCCGGUGAUGACGGCACCCCAUGGGACAGGUGUGGCACUCUCAGUCCAGUCUGUGAUGCCUUCUUGAAGAGGGUGGUGUGUUUCUACCGUUGCUCCCCCCACGCUGCUCACUGGUCACACCCUCAACGCAACUCCUUCUUGAAGGCAGUGCCACUGUGCACUAGCUUCUGCAGAGACUGGUAUGAAGCGUGUAAAUCAGACCUGACCUGUGCUCGGGACUGGGCUGGAGACCCGAGAGGACUCAACUGCACCGGCAGCUGCGUACCUUACCAGCAGAUGUACCAGCAUGGGCGGGACCUGUGUGAGAGUCUCUGGGGCGAUGCCUUCAUGACGGUGGAGGACGAGGCCGGGGAGGAGGACGGGGUCGAAGGUCACGGCUGUGGGUGUUUGACCCUCAGCCCGUCAGACCGUGACGUCAUCGCCGCCCUGAGAGCGCAGAAGGACAACCCGGAUGAGCUGGACACCACCAAAAGCGGCCUGCCCCAGUACCGCGCCCCCUGUGGCCACGCCGCUGCAGCGCCCCCACAGCCCCGGAGUGGAACUGCCAAUUCAGUGCUGAGGAAACGCUCAGUACCCUUCCACGACACGGAGGGCAGCGGGAGCGGCUUCUAAAAACUUCCCUCGUUCUGGAUCACAAGCAGCAGACCCCACACCUGGGCUUACGUACCCUUUCACUGCAUACUGCUGUUUUACGUUCUUUAUUUUUGCAGUAUAACACCAUUUAAAAAAUAGCAGCUGCCCAUUCUACAUAGAAUGGUGGUGUAAACAAAAAUAUCAUUAAAGUGAUGCCACAAAUAAAUUCAUUAAUUAAAUUAUUAUGCUAUAAAUGAAAUGUACAAUUUUGAAGAACCUUAUUUUAGGACUAAGUAUAAAAAUAAUCCACCAACCCCUUCAUGAUGUAUGGACCAAUAGAAAUGCUCAAAAAAUAUUUAGAACCCAAUUUCUAGAUUUAAACAGCUUUUAAAUACACAAUCAGCUUAAAACAAUUUUUGCAUUGCAGUUAGUGGCUUUGAAACACAAAAAAUAAGAAAUAGCAAAAAUCCCAUGAUAAUCAAUGAUAAUGCUCAUUUUUGCUGGUGACAUUCUAACUCUAUGUUACAGCUGGUCAGUGUUUUUUGGCUAUUUCAUAUAAAAUGCAAAUAUUUCAGCUGUGAAAGACAUUUCUUUUAACUCAAUCUUAAAACUCAAAGUGAUUUUCCUAUUUUAAGUCAUUAUUCUUUUUCAACCAAAAAUAAUAAUAUAGAGUCUAAAUACAAUAAAUGAUAAAUCACAGAUUCAUGUUUCCAGUAAUGAUCAAAAAAGGCCCUGAGGGUUCUAUCCAUUCAACAUCCUAAUUUGUCAAUCCUGCUACUGGGGAACAACUCAAGGUUUUAACUCUUUCCUACCCCAAACCCACGAGAUCCAGUUUUUCCCACUGAUUACGAAUCUCCUCAUAAACUGGAUCAGGUGGGUUGCUGCAGGGACUAGCUAAUACUUGCAGGGUGGUGGGUCUCCAAAAGCUUUCUAAUUAAAUGCAUUUUCACACAUAAAAAUCCACAGUCUGCACUAAGGUUUGUGUCUUUGUUACAUAAUUUGGUCUGAGUGUAGCAGAUUCCUCUCAGAUUCCUUUUAUUUCUGUUUAUAAAUAAGGGUUAAUCUACAGUUACAGUAGAUACAGGAUCACACAUCAUACAGUGUAGUCUGUUGUACCCAUACUGCUGUGUGAUGUUUUAACACCAUGGGUAGUCGGAUUUUGGCACAACAAAAUUGUUUCUUUUUUCCUCUGGUUUGUUUAAAGUCUGACUCAACUUCCUGUAAUUGGUCUGUAAGUCUAAACAAUGUUUCACACUGCAGAAGUACUGAAUUAUGGUCCAGUAGAUCCAGACUGAGAUCAGCUUUUUUGGUUGGACCAAACUCUUUGGUCCUUUUAUCCGAACCAUGGUUCAUGGUCCAUUUCACACCUGCUACUUUGGUUCGGGCCCAAACUGAAACGUCUGAAAGUAUGGACCAAACAAAAAAUGUCUGAAAGUAAUGUGUAGACAAACAGGAAAUACUGCAGCAGAAGGGUUAAGGCUCUUUGUUGUAAAGCUUUACAUAAAGAAAGAAAAGUUCAUUGUUCUAAAGUAUCUUCUGUAGCCCAAAUAAUUAUAUCACAUCAGACACUGAUAUAUCUUGCUAAUGCUCACAUUAUUUGCAUUUUAGGUUUAUCCCUCAUUUAAAGAAAUAUUUCUCUUAAAAUGCUAAUGUUGUUAACAAUAAAUAGUUAGCAUUAUGGAAAUUGAAUCUGCAUUCUGCUAAUUGGCAUCUGCCAGGUGGUUUUUAGAGCCACAUUAGCAUGUUCACUAAAGCUGUUGUUUUAUGGCUAAACAUUAUCUGUCACCAUAUCUAUGCAUUUAUUACCAUUAUUACUGAACAUCUGCUCUAUAUAGAUCAGUACAUACAGGGACUGUUACAUUUCUAUGCAUUAUAGUAGCACUGAUAGUCCAAACAGUGGAUCAGAAGUCCUCUAAUCAGUACAUACUGGGAUCAGUGCUGAAGUAUAGUAGUAAAGAAGUAUAUUCAGCGAUUAGGCUUUAUUUCUAAUUAACGUUAUCAUCUGCCUCCUUUAUGGUUGUUGAACAGCAGUAAUGUUAUUAAGAUGGUGGCAUUAUGAUGGAUAUCAUUAUCAUAAAGCACAUUUACCUCUAGUCUCUUAAUCUCUCAAUGCAUGAUGUUAGUGUCUUAAUAUUGUGCUGUUCUAGUAUAACGACGUAUUUGUAUGUGACAGGUUCGGGUUUUCACAGUGACACUGCAGCCUGCGUGGUGUAACAAACUGUCAGAACUGUUAGAGUGUUCAAAAAAUGUACUAUACAAAACAUGAAAGGAAUAUUUCAGUACAUCAAAAUGUAUACAAUUACAAUAUGUUGUUUUGGGUUUCUAGUUGAUCAUUGCAGCUUUAAACAAUGACUGUAUAAAAACAUGGAGAGCACACAGUCACCUACAGGUCUAGUGCCUCUGCUGGUUGGUUGCAGUAUGAUGUAUAGCUUCACCCAUAUAAAUAUUUUUCAAUGAGGAAACAGACCCCCAAUUUCCCAUCUAAUACCAACAGUCAAUUUUCCUAUUACUAAUAAUGCCACAUUUUUUAUUUUUCCCCAGAAGUCAGUAUAUGAACGUUAUUCUGCUAUACCGUAAGAAGGUGGGACCACAAUUAGGAAUUAACUCAUAGCCAGCCUUGGCUCUGCUUCUGGUCUUUACUGUGACGAUUGCAAAUUUGACAAUAUGUCAGAUGUUUUUGGCUCUGUUUCUAUUAAAUGGAAGGAAACUGAAUACCUAUGUCCUCUUUUUUUUACAGUCAUUGGCUCAGGAUGUAAGGUUAAUGCUGCUAACAAACAAUAGAAGCCAAAUUCUCCAAACCCAAAAUAAUUUUAGUAAAUACAGAAACUCUCUCUGAGGCCUCAAACUGUCCCAGUUAGGAUGGUGCAGUCUUGGCGAAGUGAAUAAGGUCAGAAACAUACUCAACACAAGUAAGUAUGCAAACAUGAUCAUUUAAAACUGUUAUACUUGCUAUACAAGCGAGUAAUCCUAAUGGCUGCCACUUUUGCUUGGUUUUGCGAAACCUUUGCCGGUUUGCUGCGUUGGUUAAAAACAUGCAGAAGUUAACACAAUGUGUACACGAGGUGCAGCACACGCAAAACCGCAGUUAAAUCCAGCAGUCUUCGGACACCUGCGCUGUCCUCUAGUGGAAUCUUCCAGUAACACACAUAGAACACAGGCAGGUACAGUACAGGCCAAAAGUUUGGACACACCUUCUCUUUUUCAAUGCGUUUUCUAUAUUUUUAUGUCUAUUUACAUUGUAGAAUCUCACUGAAGGCAUCAAAACUCUGAAUGAACACAUUUGGAGUUUUAUGUACUUAACAAAAAAAAGUGAAAGAACUGAAAACAUGUUUUAUAUUCUAGUUUCUUCAAAAUAGCCCCCCUUUGCUCUGAUUACUGCUUUACACACUCUUGGCAUCAUUCUCUCAAUGAGCUUCUAGAGGUAGAUCACCUGAAAUUGUUUUCCAGCAGUCUUGAAGGAGUUCCCAGAGGUGUUUAGCACUUGUUGGCCCCUUUGCCUUCACUCUGCGGUCCAGCUCACCCCAAACCAUCUAGAUUGGGACUGUGGAGGCCAGGUAUUUUUUUGUUAAGUACAUAAAACUCCACAUGUGUUCAUUCAUAGUUUUGAUGCUUCAGUGAGAAUCUACAAUGUAAACAGUCAUGAAAGUAAAGAAAACGCAUUGAAUGAGAAGAUGUGUCUUGUUGCAGCUGGCACUCUUUUAUGUCCAGCCUUAAAGAACAAUAGUUAUGUGACAACUGGCUUCUACAAUUGGUUAGCUACAUUAGCCUUGUUCCAAUGCAAAACUAAAGAACGAAACCGUUCACUAAAACCUUCCUGUAAGAGGGCUGUGGGCUGCAGGUGAAGCGGAGAUGAUCUGGAUGCGUGUCGGUAGUCGUGUCCUUGUCCGUGUCCGUACCUCUGUCACAUUGCUUUUGCUGCUUCUGUUUACAGUAAGUGCAGUACAGUGAGGCUGAUGUCAUGGAUUUGGGAUGGUAUUCUGUGGGCAGAUUUACAUCAUGUUUAAUCUGAAUGUGAACACGUUGGUGGGUUGCUGUACCCUUGACUCCCUGAAUAAACACUGUGUUUCUAA